CAUAGUCGUAUGACACAGUGAAAGUAAAGUUAUUGUGUCUAUUUUGGAUGUAUAGCUUAAAUGGAUAUUACUUGACUUUACAAUAAAAUGGAUCCCCGUAAUUAUGGUAAAAUUGGAACAACCGCACGGGCUGAACCAGUGAACAACCAAGAAAUUCUUUUUCCAAACGGUUACGAUAGGAACCAAAAUAACGGUAGACCGUUAGUUACGGUGUGCGAUACAGCUGGUGCUGACAAAGAUUAUUUUUCUGAUGAAGACUUUAGCUUUGGUUCUGGAAGUCCUUCCGAAAAUGUGACAGUUACUAUCAAGUUUUCGUCUGCACUUGAUGGAAUAAUAACAGAAACAGACAGCAGAAAUAGCGAAAAACGUGAUUCGCCAACAUCUUUCGCGAGUGAUAGCGAACAACUUACAACACGCAAAUUUGGUGUUAAAGAGUAUAAGAACGACAAUUUAGUACGGACAGAUGUUCGGGGAGCAUCUUUCGAAAAUGCUCAAAGAACGCUAGACGCUGAACGUACUCCCGUCGAUACUAAUGAAGUAAAUCCGAAUAUUAUAAUAGUAGAUGAAUCAACUGGAGCAAAUCAGCAGAAAGAAAACAUUCAGGACAAUUUGUAUGAGGAAUAUGAACGUUUUGUAGAACCGCAUGAAAAAGAAGACGAAAUUGUCAAACCGAAAUCAAUUAACAAAACUGAUUUUUCCCAAGAUAAUAAUGCUAAAAGUGAUAAAGGAAAGAAAUCAAAAGUUAAAAUCGUAUACGAAACAAAUAGCUCUAGUUUUACCGGUAGUCCUAUACAUAUCGAUUCAAUAGACAGAAAUAAAAUUGAAUCACCUAUAUAUAAAACUCCAAUUGUCAAAGAGACAUCUUCAACGUCAGGCGAUGAAGCAGAGGACUUUUUAGAGUAUCUUAAACAAUUAAAAGGAAGCAACGAAAAUUGCAUCUCAGAAGAUGAACUCUUAACUGAAAACGGUAAUGUUUUAUGUCAACUUCAGGUUGUAAAAUUGAAUAAAACUAAGGAAAGACCCAGACCAGUGCAAUCAUUUAAAGACGAACUUGUACCGAUGCUUUCUGUUAAUGCCACAUUAGUGUCAGUAAGUGACCAAGAAAGCCCGAUUGAAGUUAUAGUAAUUUCUGACGAUGAGGAAGAAGACGACAAAUGCAACGACAAAGAUAAAAGUCUAGUUGGAUUUGAUUUUGGUUCGCUACAAAGAAAUAAACAUGCCACAGGCGGUAAUGGAAUAUUAUAUGAUGUAUCAACAAGUGAUUCAGAGUCAAUAAAGAACAAACAUAGGGUAAAAAGGACAAAAAGAAAAAGGAAAACUCAAGAGAAACAUUCUAAUAAAGUUACUGAGAGCGGAAGUGAAUCUGACAGUGACAGGAAGGACACUGAUAAUGAUGAAAAUGAUGACGAAGAGAGUGAAAAGAGUUCUGAAAAGAAAAAUAAUGACAAUAAUGAUGAUUCCGAUCAUAACAAUGAUGAAGGUAGAGACAGAAAUUACAGAAAUGACGAUAGGGAUGAUAACGAAUCAGACGAUGAUGGCAAUGGCAAAAGUGAUAAUAAUGAAGGAAACGACGAAGAUGCAGACCAUCAUAAUGAUGACUCUAAUGCAGAAAAUGAUGAAUGUCAAUCGGAUGGAUAUGAAAACGAAGGGUAUUACUCUCCUGGUAUGAGAUCUCGAUCUACAGAUAUUCCCAACAGGCAGAAGUCAGAUAUUAUCUCAGAACCACUAGAGAAAGAUAAAUGUAAACAAGAAGAAAACAUAAGAAUUUACUUUAACAACGAUAGUGAUUUAAAAAAGAACAUUGAAAAUGAGAUAAAUACACAAUCUGAAUAUCCAGAAACGGAAAGUAAAAGUUUAUUUGAGAAUAAAUUCAAUACAUGUAUAUGUAAUAAUAUAACAGUUAGUAAGAAUUUACAAGAACCAUAUUCUGUAGUUCUAACAGAUUGUAAUAUUGGAGAUGAAACUGUUAAAAAAUAUUUAAUUGAAGAAUCAUAUUAUAUCAAAGACAUUCCUGAAAGCGAUAAAAAGAACAAAGCUGAAAAUACUUCUAUGAACGUUAAUUCUGUUGAUCCAUUUCAAAAUACUAUUGAUAUUGGAAAUGAUUUAGCUAUAAAAGGUGUUACAAACCAGGGCAAUAUUUCUCCGAAAAAUGAUAACUGUAAAAUCUCAAAUAAUGAUUUUAAAAUAUGUGACAAGACGAUGACUUCUUCUUUUUACAAAAUUCCAGAUAAUUUAUUGAAUUCAGACAACGAGACAGAUGGUAGAUUUGACUCAACCAUAACAUUUGAAGCAAAACCUCAAACCGGACUUGCUGAGUUAACAAGUAAAUCUACAACUAUGAAAACCGAUACUCUAUCUGCUACUAAAGAUAUUGUUAAAACCCAUACGUCGAAGGUGGAUAAUGACACAAUUCUCAGAGAAAAAAGCAAGGUUGGUGAUGAUAUUUUAUCCCUUUGCACAGAUUCUUUCACAGCAGAAGAUAGCGAGGUAAUUGAGAUUCUUGAUAACAGCGUAACUGUCAACAGUUUAAAUUGCAAAUUUCAAACAAUCGACACUUACCUCAUUGAAGAAUAUGAAAGCUUUUCUGAAGGUGAACAAUCAAUAAGCACCGUCGAUAUCACUUGCGAUGAUGAUACUUUGUUUGAAAUGGUUCGAGAUAGAAAUGAUACAAACAACUCUCCUGUUGAAAAAGAAAAUGCCAUUACAAAUUUAGACAGUAAAGGCAUUAUCGGGUCUCUCAUUUUCAAUCCGGAAAUAUCGGACGAGGGAAGUUUUUGCAGCAUAUUAGAAAGUAAUGAAUGCAUUUCAGAAGCGUCAGACGUCAUAUCAGAUGACAUUUCAAUUUUAAAAGAAAACCGUGAUGCAGACCAAAAAAUCAACUGGGACAUAUCAAUCUUCUCCAAUUCGUCGUCUAAUUGUAGUGAUGACACUGAUGCGAGUGAGUUUGAGAGUGCUCUUGACGAAGAAUUUUGGAAUAAAACUGUAGGAUCUGCAUCAGAAACAUCAUUUUCUGAUACGUUUUCUAGUUUAAGUAAUGACCCAGACAGUGUGAAUAGUGGAGAUGGUAACUAUGAUAUUGGACAAGUUAUAAAACCCACAAGUUUAUUAUCAUCAGAAAUGCGUCUUCAUGAUAAGUAUGUUGAAAAAAAUGAUAUAAAUACAAUCACAAGCCAGGAUGAAAUGAAUUCAGAAACAAAACAUAAUAGUGAAUAUGAGAGCAUUGAAGAACUUAUGUCUUCGAACAGAGAUACUUCAGAUUUCGUAAAUAAGAUAAAGAAAAGAAUAUCACACACUGAAAUUGAUUUUCCCAAGAAAAUUGAAGAAACCAUUCGCAUCAACUUUGACACAGAUUCUGAAGAUUGUGAAAGGAACGUAAACAAGACAAAUAGUUUUUCAGUUAACAGUAAAGAUGGGCUUUUAUCACAUAAAUUCCGAAAAAAUGCAAUGGAAUCUCUGAAAAAUCGGCCAUGUAGAACAAUUUCUUACUUUGCUCCAUUUAUUAAAGACCCACCUUUUAAGGAAAUAAUUCCAGGGAAGGCAAAAGCACGAAAAUUCGUUUGCUGCCAACGAAAGACAUUAUUAGAAAGGUCGUUACCGGAUGAAUCAUCAGGAGGUGUAUAUGACAAAUCUAGGGACACUGUCAACAGUGAGGAUGCACUUCAGUAUACAAUCAAUGACUUAAAACGUAAAAGUAAGCUAUGCAGCAAUGGGAAUCAAACUUAUCAUACCGGGAAACCAGGCGAGAUCAUAAAGCUCGGAAUAGGCUAUUAUAUUUUCGGUGCCGGUGAAAAGCUUGACCUACCUAUUGGACCUAAAUUAAAGGGCAGUCACCAAACAAAUUUAGAGAAAGAUGUUUGCAGACCAUCAAUUUAUUUCAGAGGAGUUCCCGGCAUUAUCAACAAUGCCUGUAAGAUGUCCAGUUUCAGUUUUCCUAAAUUGGCAGUACCGACCGACACAUCAUCACGGAAGAUCCUGCAUGCCUGUAACCGACUAGCCACCCAGUUGUCGCCCAUUGAGACCAGACAUGAUAAUAAAUAUGUUACGAUGAACAGCGUAAUGGCUGUCGAGGACACGGACGAUACUUUGAGUGUUUCUAGUGCUGAUCUUACCGACAUGUUGAUGGCAUCAAGAGAUUUCCUUAAUUCUUCCAGAUUUGACGAUGCUGAAGCAGGCUUCCUCAAACUUUAUAAAGAAAUUCAGGAAAAACCGGAAGACAAUGGUCGCCUGCUUGUAGAAACGCUGACGGGUUUGGCGGAUAUAUGUAUUCGGAGGAGCAGAAUGUGUCGCUCCAAUCCUCUUGAAUGGCAAUGGUUAUGUAUGCAUGCCAUCGCUCUCCUCCAAUACACGGUCGAGUUUUGUGACUCCGAACUGGAAAAUCAGCUCGAUAACGAGGCAACAGAAUGGUACCAGGAGCAAAGACAAGCGUCUGAACUGAAAUGCCGACCUCUUGAAGACGCUUUUACCAGAGCACUUUACAACUGUCUAAAACAUGACGCAAACUUUUUCGAUCCUUUUCAGUCAUUUUCAUUGCCAAAUACACCCGUAUCCCAGCAAAGGAAACCAAAUUUAUUUCCCCUUAGUUCAACAAUGCCACAAUAUCUUUUGGUUCCGGGCAUGAGUUACAGAGUAACUGAUCAAGGACUUAAAAAGCAGAGCUCGGAUGAUUCCGAUGUAGCUGUUGAUUGGUUGGCGAAAUUUCAGUUUUAUUGCAAAGAUAGACUUCAAACAAAAGACGCAAAAUGUGUUACAGAGAAAGUGUUGAAGUCCACAAAAAGUACGGAAAAUGAUGACACAGAAAGUUUAAUGAGCCACGGGUCACAUGGUUCUUUAGACUGGGAUAAUAGUGACCUUCACGGUAUUGAAGAAUUGGAAAUUGACAUUACUGAAAAAGAAUCACCACUCACUGAUUAUUCUCUCGAGUAUGAACUUGCUUCAAGUGAAACAGAUAAUGAAGGUUGGGAUUUCUUCCUUCAUCAGCGCCGAAACUGUGAUUUGCAAAGCGUAGUACAAGUGGUGGCCAAUGAAGAGGAAAAAUGUGAUGUGUAUGAAAGAGAAAACCCUAGUUUAGAUAAAGAAACACAGGAUAUCUAUCAACAAGAAAAGUCAGAAAAGACACGUAGAAAGCACCACGAGCCUCGGGAUAUUGUAUCUCCUCUUCAUGCCCAUAGCAUCAGUUUAACUCUGGCUAGAUCAUUUUGUCGUCUUGCGGACAAAUUGGUACAAGAGGAAGAGUACAAGAAGGCGGAAAUAGUGUACGAGAAAAUUCUUGAUAUAAUCGAUGCAAUUCAAGACGGUACUGCAGGCAUGCUAAGAUUCAGUGCACGUAUCAUGAAAAAUCUUGGUACUGUUAAGUCAAAGCAGGGAAAAUCUUCAUCUGGUCUUGUUCUCUUAAACAAAGCCCUAAACACAUACCGAGAUCUCCAAGAUGAAGAAGCUAAUUUUGAAAUAGCUGUAGCUCUUAUUGAACUUGGUAAUGGAUAUAUUGUCGGUAAAAAUCAUGAGGAUUCGGUAUUCGAUGAUGUAAUCAUAGCAAUUUGCGAUUUCUUUGAAAAAGAUGCCAGUGAUUCAUCUUCAACAUCAACAUCAAGCUCGGUUCAAUCGCAUAUUUCUCAAAUGACAUCAUCUUUGACAUCAAAUACCGAAGAUAGGAACGUAGAAGAAGCGGUUAUGUGUUAUACCGAGGCUAUAUCGCUACUUGAUUGUUAUGAGGCAGACGAGAAGCAAGUUGAUAUGUUCGCAAAAGCUAUAAUGAGACUUGGAGAUUGUCAUUUUAUGCAAAAAGACUACGACAAGGCUCUUGAAUGUUAUGAAAAGGCUCUUAGUAUGUUUAGAACAUACAAUAUAUUUGGCAAAGACUCCCUGAUGGAAAAUGCGCACGUGCUUUGUAUGCUUGGUGUUUCGAGUUUUAUGUUGCACGUGUAUCCAAGAGCAGCAUCGGUGUUCGAAACAGCAUUGCACAUGGUGCGAUGUGCUUAUGGUUUUAAACGAACAUUUUUAAAUGGCAUGUUACAAUCUCUCUCUGGAAUUACAUACUACAAAAUGAAAAACUAUCACAAAUGCGUGUCUAUGUGUUACCAAGGCUAUGAAACCUAUUGUGAGCUUUUUGGAGAAGGUAUGCCACGCCUGGAUAAGCAGAAAUUCUGGUUGGUCUGCCAGACGCUAUAUGUCAUGGGAAACUCAUACAAUAUCCUCAGUUUACAACAAAAGGCCAUGAAGUACUUAUCAAUUGCGCGUUCGCUCAUGAAAUCAUCAAAAAGUAGAGAACGAAGGCAGUUCAUGCGUGUUUUGCAAAUUCUCGGUGAUUGUUAUUUUGCUAACUAUGAUUACAAAACAGCCUUGCAGUUUUACAAUGAAGCUUUGGAAUAUGGAGAAUGCGAAAGUUCCAUUUCCUUUGAUGAAGUCUUUGAUCCUAAUUGUGCCUCAGAUGAGAUGACAAUUCAUAACCAUCUAGUGAGCAAAUCUGCCGAAGCACAUCUUAGUAUGCAGCAAUAUCAGAACGCUGUCCACUAUCUUGAACAAGCACAUGAUAUGCAAGAGGUGAUGGGAGAAGAUAUUAAAGGCGAUCUUAUAAACACACUGCAUCAACUAGGUCAUAUGCAUUCGGUCGCGGGAGAUGUUGACAAAGCUAUUGAAUCGUACAAAGAAUGCCUCGAAGUAUUUAGAGAAAUUCACAAAGGUCAACUUGAACCCGAAAUGUGUACCACUUUAGGGAACCUUGCGGCGAUCUGUUAUGUGAAAGCUUGUAUCGCAGACACUCUCGAAGAAGAAGAUAAAAUGACGCGUAACGCUGAUGCUUACUUUGUUGAAGCAUUGGCUCUUGAAAAUAAUGCAGAAGUGUGUGUAAAGUAUGGCAGUUUUCUGUUUAGUCAAUGUCAUUUUGAGAAUGCAAUAGUGCAGUUUUGGAAUGCUUUGCGAAAUGACAAUGCAACUGCAGAUAUUGUGUACAGAGGAUUGGAAAAGGUCACACUUCCGGAAUUACUUCAAGAUGAAGUUGAUACACACGACGAAAUCUGCUUACCUUCUACUUGUCUAGCAAGAUACUUGCUAAUCUUAAGUCACAAAGCGCUGCAUGAGCUAGAUGAAGCAGAAAUAAAUCUAAUUUGUUUAAUGGAAGAGGUGAUAGACUACGACGUCCCCUUGUUGCAUUCUCUUCUUGGUUACGCAAUGAUGGAAUUGAUGUUGUUUGAAGAAGCAGCAGAGUGUUUUUGGACGGCAGCUGAGACCGAGGAAGAAUAUCAAUUAGCUUGCGAAAACUACUGUAUCUGUCUUCUCAUACUGCUGCAGAAAACUAUUAUCACCGGCCUAGAAAAUAUUCUGGACUAUGUAUCAAAGAAAAAUUCAAAUUUUUGUAUUGAUUAUUCUAUUUAAAGGCACAAAAUGUAUGCGUUCAUAGCAAUCUUUUAUCUUGACUACUUUACACUAGUGCUUGUCCUUUUUAUGUGUAUAUUUCAGUGAUAGUUACCAGUAUACUGCUAAUGAAUCUAUUUACAAAUUUGUAAAGACCUGUAUAUAUUAUAACUUGCCAAAAGCAUGCACUCUCAUUUUUUUAUUUACUUGAUUAAUUUCAUGUGUUAAUGAAGCACAAAGCGUUAAAAUAAACCGGUUAGAAAAACUAUAGAUAAAAAAUGCAUUAAUUUCAACAAUAUUGCACAAUUUAUUUUGCAAUUAUUCAAUUCAUGCAUUAAAUUAAUUCUAUAUGCGACCUGCUAUGCUUUGCUUGACUAUUUGGUAUAGUACAAUAGGUUUUUGUUAAGCAAAAUGCAACUUCAUGCGAAUGAACUUUCUAUGAAAAUCGAAAUUUGCAACUGAUGAUAGAAUGUGAAAACAUCUGCUUGCGGGAUUGUUAAAACUACUAGCUUAACUUAAUUUUGCGGGUGCAUUGUCUUUUGCCUUGUGUUUAGUUUCGGCAAGGUAAUCAAGCAAUUAUCGGGAUAUUUUUACGUUUUGUAGUUUUUUUUUCUUUUAUCGGUCAGUAAAUUUGAAUUCAAGGCAAAAGACAUCAAAUUAUCUACAGAUAUGACACUUUAUGUAACCUUGAUCGGACUUUAUCAAGUAAUAUUCAAUUACUCUGUAGAAAUAUAUACAAACACAAAUUCUUACUUUUCCUAAUUACGCAUUGACACCUCAUCGCAUUUAUUCAUCCAUUGUGUGUGUGUGUAUAGAUUAUUCCAGCACUUAUUUAAAGCUGCAUUUAAUAAAUAUGUAAAACUAUUUUGCCGUCGGCCUAAAAACAAAGCAUUCAUUAACCUUUUUAACAGUAUUGUUGUAAAUCUCAUAAAUUACGAUUUUAAACGGAAAACCCAGCGGUAACACUAAAGUUCAUAUACGAAUUGUAACAUGCAAAUGACGACUAUGUUAUUGUUGCUAUCCGGAACACAGGUGGCAGUAUCAGUGUUUGGACACCCCACCCCUAUCUGCCCCUGGAUCUCUACUACAACCCUGAAAGAAAAAUAAUUCAACACUCUAAGGCUAACUAUAAGGUAUCAAAUACAAAACCACCGAUAAAAUUAUUUAUCAAAAAACAUUUUUCCACUAUCAAAAUUAUAGUUAUAGAAAGGUGAAAAGCCUACAGUACUAUAUAUUCAUUUGCCAAAGAAUGUGGAACACGGGAAAUCGUCGUUUCGGCGACUGAGGCGCAUUCCGCUGCAUCAUUCAUUAACAUCAAUAAAAAGAACUAGAAUUCCACAGCUUACCUAAUUCAAGUCCAACAGAUAUCAAAAUCAUUCCGAUUUUUUUCUGUUUCACGGUAUUUUUUGACUUGUCGUAGCCAUUUUGCAGUCUGAUACCUGUGUUCUAAUACGCAAUCUGAUUGGACGAGCCAAAUUGGACGUCCAAUCAGAUCGCGUAUAUCACACAGGUAUCAGAAUCCAAAAUGGCAGCGACAAGUCAAAAUAUACCUAUAAACAGAAAAAAACGAUAGAAUAUUGAUAUUCGUUGGACUUGAAUUAGGUAAGCUGUGGAAUUCUAGUUCUUUUUAUUGAUGUUAAUGAAUGAUGCAGCGAAAUGCCGCCGGAAUGCGCCUCAGUCGCCGAAACGACGAUUUCCCGUGUUCCACAUUCUUUGGCAAAUGAACAUAUAGUAGGCUUUUCACCUUUCUAUAACUAUAAUUUUGAUAGUUGAAAAAUAUUUUUUGAUAAAUAAUUUUAUCGGAUGUUUUGUAUUUGAUACCUUAUAGUUAGCCUUAGAGUGUUGAAUUAUUUCUUUCAGGGUUGUAGUAGGGCUCCAGGGGCAAAUAGGGGUGGGGUGUCCAAACACUGAUACUGCCAUCUGUGAUCCGGAACACAGCAAAUUGCAAGUUUUAGCUUCACGGUGCAUUAGGACUGGCGUUCAGAAAAAAGUAAUCAUCUCAUAAAAAGAUUAAAUUUGUAGGAAAACAUCCUUUAUAAUGUUAAAUUAGGACGGCUACUGUGCCGCUAUGAUAGUGUAAGAGUGACGUUGCAUUUUUGUGUACACAAAAGUUUACAACCUUUGUCUGAAUAGGUAAAAUAGGGUUUUUAGAAGCGAAUAUAAUACAAGAAUAAGAAAUAGAUUUUGAAAUGUCUAUAUGGUAAAGUUGGUAAAGUCAAUUACUUAAAUGUUAUCACGAGUUCGAGCCUCACAAAUUGUCUAACCUUUUUUUUAUCUUUCCCUAUUUUUUUAAAUUUUACAUUAGAUGAAAUGAAGUGGAAUAUAAAGGUAGUUUUGUUUUAAUAUGUAAUAAUUCAAAUAUACCUGUAUCCUGUGCAGUAUGUUGUAGUCAUAGAACAUGUACAUUUCAGGAGUAUUUCGUGCCAACUUAACUAUACUUGAAACAAUUUGUGUACGUGUAUGCAUAUUAGUAUAAUGUUACACCAACUUGCUAGAUAUGGCUACAUGUAAAACAAAAGAAAAAAAUGAGAAUUUAAUAGAAAAUAGCAUAACACUUAAAAUCUUUACAAAUACAACAUAUUGUUAUUUGAUUAUUAAUAAUACAGAUUUUUUGCGAAAAAAGUACACUCCGAACCUGGCUGUCUCGCAUUGAUAUUUAACUAGAAACUUACCGUCUGCGUUACGCUGACAGUUGGUACAUUAAUUUGUCGAUAUUAAGCCUGCUUAAGAUAAUAAACUCAAUAAGGUAACUGUUUUACACCGUUAUAGUGGACUUGACUGCUGCGUCACUAAAUGAUCAUCAUAAACGUACACGGAUGAUCCGAAGGCGGAGUUUUUCAUGCAAACAGAAAUUGUACUUCCGAUUUCGCCACAAUGAGGUUGCAGAUUUUUAUGGUUGGUUGUCUGGACACCAAAAUAAGGUCUGGAGUAGAUAUAAAACCCAAUUUAUUAAUGAAAUGUCGCUAUUUCUGUUUUUAUGAAAUUUAGUAAAUGCAGCUUUAAAUUAGAAACACCUGUUUAUACCAUUUGUCAAUUUUGACAUCAACUCAACUUAUACUACAGUAUACAUGUGUGGUCAUUUUUGUUAUUCUAAUUGAUGUUAUAACUGUUGCAGCUUGUAUUUUAUAUAAUAUCGAUACAUAUUGGAUUUGUUUGUCGCGUCAGUGUAUGUGAAUAAACGUUUUACUGUGUACAAUUAUAAAGGGCAUAUCGGUUUCUGGAAACUCUUCUCAAUUCUUAGAGAAACAGCUAGUAGAAACCACUUUUGUUAAUAUUUUUGAUCGAGAAAAUAUUUUCAUAAACACGCCAUUGAGUUUUGUUAUCAUUUAUUUAGUGGUAAUUUUGCAAUAUCGUUAUUCAAACAUUCGUUUGCUUAUAAAUGUAAUCAGAACGUUCUGUAUUAUGUCUAAUAUCACUAUUUGAAGUACCACUGUUUGUAGGAAAAUCGGAAUUUCUACACCUCUGGUAAGUGGGAAACACUGAAAGUGUCUCUGAAAAAUCCAAAGGGUUUUACCCAAGAUCGAACCCAGGACCUCGGGAAUGACAGCCAGUGGUCUAACCAACUGAGCUAUCGCGCCAAAUAGUGUCUAGUUUUGUAUAAUACAAUUUACGGAUGCUACAUUUCUUUCUAUUGUUAUUCUUAUCUGUGUAAUGUUGUCAUUUAAACUUAUGUGAUUUUCCCUUACUGCUGCUUCUGUUUAAACGAUGCACUUUCUACACGAUCAUUUCCUACCAUGCAACUAUAAGACGUGACUUUUUGUACUGUUCUAGUCUUGUUACUGACUAUAUUUAACAUAUUAAAUAAACCAAGUAAUAUCUAA